UGCUGUAAGUGUUGUUUUUCUCAUAAGUUACAAGUUAAAUAACACUACUGAGUUGAUGAUGCUUAACAGGUUGUGGAUAUUUGAGACAGCUGAGAGCAAUUUUCUUUGUACAAAAAGUAUUUGGAAAAAUUUUUGGGAGGAAGAAAAGUACAACUGAGACCUUAAGAAACAUGUACAUCAGCUCAUGAACUUUCAAGUUGGCAUUCAUAGUAAAUCAUCCUAAAAGAACCAAGUUUAUAAUAAAAAAUUAAGUCAUAAGUGUUACUAACUAAUCUUAAAAAGAAGUAGCAACAAAAAUUUGUUUUAAAUGAAGAUCCAAAUGGCCGCUGCCUUUCCCAGUACUCGGGGUGAAAAUUCAUGCCCAUCAUUCAUUUGUACAUUAUGCUUGACUCGAAGCUUUGAGCCAAAAAUUUUGCCAUGUUUACAUACAUUUUGCAAAACUUGUCUUGAGCAGUAUAACCAAAAUGGUCAAGAAUCCUUCUCUGGAAAUUUUAAAUGUCCAUCAUGUCAACAGAAAAUUUCCCCCACCUCAGAAGAUUUGGGAUUGGAUAGUAUGUCAUCAAAUUUGUUGAUCAGUAAUAUACUGGAAGUAGUUAAGGAAGAACUUGACUGUGAAAAUGGCUUUGAUGGUCAGCAAAUAUCUCUGGUUAUGUGUAGCUGUUGUGAAGAAGGAAAUAAGGCUGUGGGUCGUUGCCGUGAUUGCAAUGAGCUAUUAUGUGAGAACUGUGUUCGAGCACAUCAGAGAGUUCGACUGACAAAAGAACAUUAUAUUGUAAGAUUUGCCAAUGAUGUGUCACAACAUCGAACUCCUCCACCUAUUCCACCAAUUGGGAGUCGUCCCACUCAUUGUUGUGAGAUGCAUCAACAUGAAGUGCUUCGAUUGUUCUGUGAUACUUGCAAUGAGCCAUUGUGUAGGGAAUGUACCAUGAAGGAACACAGAGGUCACAGUUUUAUUUACUUGCAAGAUGCAGUGCAGAAUUCAAAAACUCUUUCUAUUAAGUUAUUAGCUGAUGCAAAAGCAGGAUUGAGAGCAGUUGAGGAAAGCAUUGAAAUAACACAACAAAUGGCAGAAAAAGUUGAGAUGAGGGCUCAGAAUGUUGCUACUGAAGUUCGUGCAACAAUACGGAGACAUAUGAAUGCCCUUGAGGAGAGAGAAAGAGAUCUGCUUCAGCGUGUUGAAAAGAUUCGCCAAGUGAAAGAACGAUCAUUGCAUUUACAGAUAGAUGACUUAAGAGUAGCAUUAUCGAAAAUGGCUCAGAUAGUGGAAUUUAUUCAGCAGGUGCUUGAAUCGGGAUCAGAUAUUGAUAUUCUGAAAGCUAAGGACAAAGCUCUUACAAAAUUACAGGAGUUGAGGUACUAUCGAAGCCAUUUACAGCCUCAUGAAGAUGAUAAUAUUCUUUUCACUCCACCAGACAGUGCCCUACUAAGUGCAAUUAGUGCCCUUGGUUUCAUUAGUAGUAGUGGUUUUGCACCAAACUCUGUUGCCAUGGGUGAAGGUUUGAAGCGUGCUCUUCGUGGUCGACUUUCCACCUUUACUGUCCAAGCUAAAGACCAUUUUGGUGAUACUCGCCUUGUAGGUGGUGACCCAAUUCGUGCAAUUAUUCAGAGUCCUGAUGGCGGAAUUUAUCGAGCUGAAAUUGUAGAUAAUCAAAAUGGCUCUUAUUUAGUGAGCUAUCGGCCACAAACUGAAGGCCACAAUGUUAUAUCUGUAACAAUGCGUGGCAUGCACAUUCAGCAAAGUCCUUUUACUGUUCUGGUGCGAUCUGGUAGAAACUACAGUACUAUAGGACACAUGUUAUAUACUUUUGGAGGAGAUGGGGAUGGAGAUGGUCACUUAUGCCGGCCAUGGGGUGUUUGCACUGACAGGGAAGGUCAUAUUAUUGUGGCUGAUCGCAGUAACAACCGCAUUCAAGUUUUCAACAGUGAUGGAUCAUUUAAACACAAAUUUGGAUCACCUGGCUCACGUCCUGGGCAGUUUGAUCGUCCUGCAGGAAUAGCUGCAGACUUCCAAAGUAGGAUCAUUGUUGCAGAUAAAGACAAUCAUAGGAUUCAAGUCUUUGCUUUUAAUGGUACGUUCCUAUUAAAAUUUGGUGAAAAAGGUAGUAAAAAUGGUCAGUUCAACUAUCCUUGGGAUGUGGCAGUUAAUUUUGAGGGGCAGAUUUUGGUAUCCGACACUCGUAAUCAUCGUAUUCAACUAUUUCAACCAGAUGGGACAUUCAUUAAUAAAUAUGGAUUUGAAGGGGCUCUAUGGAAGCAUUUUGAUUCUCCUCGUGGUGUAGCUUUCAACUCGGAGGGGCAUAUGGUAGUAACUGAUUUUAAUAACCACCGCAUUCUUGUGAUCCAUCCGGAUUUUCAAUCAGCUCGUUUCCUAGGCACAGAAGGAUCCAACAAUGGACAGUUCUUGCGUCCUCAAGGUGUGGCUGUAGAUCCAGAAGGGCACAUAAUUGUUGCAGAUUCUAAGAAUCAUCGAAUCCAGGUUUUCCAUCCAAAUGGAAAUUUUCUUUGCAAAUUUGGAACUCUAGGAAAUGGACCAGGGCAAAUGGAUCGUCCUUCUGGUGUGUGCAUCUCACCAGAUGGCCUAAUCAUUGUGGUGGACUUUGGAAAUAAUCGGAUCCAGGUAUACUAGCUUAAAAAUAAGCAACUGAAGGCUUUUUUUUACGUCACAAGUUCAUAAAAAAAUAUUAAAUUUUGAUAAUGCUAAACAGGAAGUUUUUU